GAUGACAAAACAAAAGCUUCUGCUUGAUGGGACACUCUCCUUGUUUCUGAUUGUGGCCUGUGAAGCUCAGCAGGUUCCGAGAAGUCAUGUUGCUGCUAGUUCUGGUCCUGUGUGUGAGAAGGAGGCAGAGUCCUGGGGAAACCUUUUUAGCAGUGAGCGGCUGGAUGCCUGGAUCUGUUCCCUCAUCGGUUCGUUCAUGGUGGGACUGAGUGGGGUCUUCCCCUUGCUGGUGAUCCCAUUUGAGACAGGAGCUGCUCUGCGGUCAGAAGCUGGAUCACACCGUUUGAAGCAGUUGUUGAGUUUUGCAAUUGGUGGGCUACUGGGGAAUGUGUUUCUCCACCUGCUUCCCGAAGCCUGGGCCUACACAUGCAGUGCAACGACAGGAGAAGGGCAGAGCUUUCAGCAGCAGAAGCUUCUGGGUCUCUGGGUGAUCAUUGGUUUCCUGACCUUCCUGGUGCUAGAGAAGAUCUUCUUAGAGAAAGAAGAGAAGGAGUGCCCUGGUGUGGACUGUGAUUCCAAAGCACCAGCUGGAAAGAUUCCUAAUGGAAGUGGCUACCCGGCACGGAAGGUGGGAAGCCAAUCUCAAAGAGCAGGAACAGGUUCAACUCAAUGUAAUGGCUCUUCUCUCCAGUCUUGUCCAACGGACAACAGAAUCAAGAUUAGUGGAUACCUCAAUCUGCUGGCCAACACCAUUGAUAACUUUACGCAUGGGCUGGCCGUAGCAGCCAGCUUCCUGGUUAGCAGAAAGGUUGGGUUCCUAACCACAAUGGCCAUUCUCCUGCACGAAAUCCCACAUGAGGUUGGAGACUUUGCAAUCCUACUUCGGGCUGGCUUUGAUCGCUGGAGUGCAGCCAAGAUGCAGCUUUCCACAGCUCUGGGGGGGAUUCUAGGAGCCUGCUUUGCAAUAUGUGCUCAGUCACCAAAAGGAGCAGGGGAAACGGUAGCCUGGAUCCUCCCUUUCACUUCUGGAGGAUUUCUGUAUAUUGCCUUGGUAAAUGUUGUGCCUGAUCUCCUGGAGGAAAAGAAUCCUUGGAACUCCCUGCAGCAAAUUCUGCUCCUGUGUACAGGCAUUACAGUCAUGGUGCUACUCUCGCUCACAACCGAGUGACCUCUGCGCAGACCUCAUGAUGCCUCCCAGAGCCACCACAGUGACUCUGAGCUGUUACAAAGCAAUAAGGAACACUAAUGUUUCUUCCUAUGUGUGCAUGUGCAGAUCUGGCUGCUAGUAUGAGAAGCAGGUGAGAAAGAGGUCUGGGUGUGCAGGACUUCGUUCCCUGGCUCUCCUAUCCCUGUUCUGCUAAAAUCCACACAUCAGGGCUUCCGGUU